AAGUUGGACGACCAAGCUUUUUUGUUUAGACAGGGACAACCGAGACCCAAAAGCGUGGUUUGAAAAAUAAAAAUGACAUCAAGUGAAGUUGACACUGUAUCUCAAAUUGUUGCAAAUCAACGUGAAAACGAGUCAAAAUUUAAAUCUAUUGAUGUUUUUAAAGAAGUAGAUCCAGUUAUAGAUCUAGGAAAUCUACUAUUAUUAGAUCUACAACCUGUUAAUUCAGACGAAUUAAAAUCGAAAUCUGAGCAGUUUUUAAUUGAACUUGCACGAGAUAAUGCGCAACUUUUGUUCAAUCAGAUAUGGAAGCUUCCGAUUGAGCGUGUCGAUAACAUUGUCUUAGCAAAACUUCCAGAACCUUCAACACUUUUACCAAGAGAAAAACCAAUUCCCAAACCUAAGCCACCUACAAAAUGGGAAAUAUACGCCAAAAAGAAGGGUAUUGAAAAAAAAAAGAGAAGCAGAAUGUUGUGGGAUGAAGAAUCUAAGACAUGGAAACCAAGACAUGGGUACAAACGAACUAAAGAUGAUACUAAAGAAUGGUGUAUUGAGGUUCCACAGAAUGCUGAUCCAAAUGAAGAUCAGUUUGAAAAAAAAGAAAUUGCUAAAAAAGAAAGAGUUGCAAAAAAUGAAAUAAAAAGACUUGGUAACAUUGCCAGAAAUACAAAAAAAGGCACAGUCUCCAGCUUACAAUUCAAACCAACACUUGAAAAAGACAAAACCAGGGUUUCAAAAGAAAUUGAUGUUGCUAAGUUAUCUACAGCAUCCAUGGGAAAAUUUCAACCAAAAUUGCCCCAUGAAAAAGAAAACAAAAAGACUGGGCAAAAACGCAAGUUUGAAUCUGUAUCUGGCAAUGGUAUAAAUGAAAAGCAACGAGCUCUUGACAUAUUAAAAAAAAUAAAUAAGCCAGGAAAACUUGAUUUAACUAAGGCUGUAAAUAAGAAAGUUUAUGAAAAUAAAGAAAGUUCUUCAAAGUUAUCUUCAGGAAAAGUGAAGAACAAAAGAUUCCGUAAAGGUAAACAAGCUACUCUUGAUAAAAUGAAAUCGAGAACACUUGGAAAAGGCAAAAAGAGAAGAUGAUGAUAAAAUAACUUAUGCAUUAAAAAUUAGUUUUUAUAUUUUGGUACACUUGAUACACUUGGGUGUUAUUAGACAUGAAUUAAAUAUAGAAAAACUUUCAAUAAUAUGCAAAGAAAAGAUUUUGUUGUCUUGGU